AUGGCCCCACACGUCUUCUGGAUCGCGCUUGGGCUGCUGCUGUGGCAGGAGCCAGGUUCAGCCUCCUUGUCCCUGCGAAUGGAAUCCGUCAUCCAGGUCCUGAAGGAAUUGGAGCAGGACGUGAGGAACACCGAGGCUGGACAUGCUGCUUCCGCGUGGCUGCGGGCAGCCCAGGACACAGGCCCCCACAAUCCACUCCAUCCUCUCCUGCUGCUGACACCCGCGUUCCAAGCUACAGCACUGGGGGAUCACUGCCCACUAAGCCCCGAGUUUCUGAACUUCAUCAAGCAAGUGACCAGACAUGAUAUACAAGAUGGACAGGAAUACGGGGUAGUGUUGGCUCCUGACGGUUCAACCGUGGCCCUGGAGCCCCUGCUGAUGGGGCUACAGGCAGGAGAGCAGGAGCCCGGGACCAUGACCUUGACCUUGGCUCUCUCAGCUGGAGCCGCUGCUUCAGGAGACAACGCUGAAUCCCCCAGCACUGCAGACAGCCUGUUGGUGACCACCCUGGCCAGAUACCUGGGCCUGGCCUUCCUCCAGAACCCCAGGCCUCUGAGCCGUCCAGGCCUGGGGACUGAGGGCUGCUGGGACCAGCUCUCCUCUCCACGGAACUUCACGCUCCUGGCCCCGACGGCAUCAACCCUCACCAUGGCCUUCCUCAAUGGUGCCCUGGAUGGAAUCCUCCUUGGAUACCACCUGAGGAGGACCCCUGAGCCUCGGCCAGCCCUCAGCCUCCUGCUGAGCCAGUACUAUGGAGCCGGAGUGGCCGGAGAUCCGAAGUUUCGCAGCAACUUCCGACGGCAGAACAUGGCCGCUCUGGCUCUGGCCCCUUCUCUGGACCGGCAGGUUUUGGGGGCCCUUGUCCUGCUGCAGAGACUGGAACCAGCGCACCCCCAACUGUGGAACGUGAGCCAGGAUCAACUGGCCCAGGUGGCCACCCGCGCAGCUAAGGAAUUUACUGAAGCGUACCUGGGUUGCCCAGCCAUCCACCCGCGCUGCCGCUGGGGCGCAGCGCCCUACAGGGGCCAGCCGAGGUCACUGCACCUGCCGCUUGGUUUCUUAUACGUGCAUCACACAUACGAGCCCGCGUCACCUUGCACCAGCUUCACGCAAUGCGCCCAAAACAUGCGCUCCAUGCAACGUUUCCACCAGGACACGCGCGGCUGGGACGACCUAGGCUACAGCUUCGUGGUGGGCUCCGACGGCUACAUGUACGAGGGCCGAGGCUGGCACUGGCUGGGUGCGCACACGUUCCGCCAUAACAGCCUCGGCUUUGGCGUGGCCUUCGUGGGUAACUACACGGCAGCACUGCCCACAGAGGUGGCGCUGCGCAGCGUGCGUGACCAGCUCCCCCGCUGCGCACUGCGCGCCGGCUUCCUACAACCCCAGUACAAGGUGCUCGGCCAUCGCCAGCUCGUCUCCACCGACUGCCCGGGAGAUGCCCUCUUCCAGGAGCUGCACACCUGGCCGCACUUCGUGAGUCUGCAUUCUUUUGUGCCCUCCCAAACAGGGCAGGGCUCCCGGAAUCUCAUAACCCCAGCCUAG